AUGGGGAGUGCACCAACUAUUCUGCAUGGACAAGAGAGGAAUAAAUCGGAGGAGCUGGUGGCAAUUCAAACAGAGGCAGCUCCGAUAACUAAGACUCCUGCAGAUCCUGCACCAAAUGAGACGGAAAUGGCGACGACAGCUAGGAAACUGACUUUCUCGACAAGCAUAGGGAUCUCAAAACCAACUCUAGCUGCUGUGGUUCAAGAAGUGGAAAAGCAGAAGAGGAGAUGGAGGACUAGCUUAAUUGGCUAUGUCAUAGGUGGAUCUCCUCAAUUUAAAGAGAUGUUGAAAUUUGUGUAUAGAGUUUGGCAAUUUGUUUCAACUCCACAGGAACCAGACUUCCAAAUGUGUAAGGAAUCCACAAAAAAUGUUCCAGUGUGGGUAAACUUCUCGGGGCUACCUAUACAAUACUGGACAACAGAGAACUUAGGGAGAAUUGCAAGCUCGAUUGGCAACCCAAUUCACACUGACAAACUAACAGCACAAGAGGCUAGAGUAUCCUAUGCUCGUAUGUUGAUUGAAAUGGAUGUGUCCCAUGCACUACCUGAGACAGUGCUGAUAGAAACUGCUGAAGGAAACACAAGGGAGCAAAAAUUGAGCUAUGAUUGGCAUCCUUCCUUCUGUCAAGAAUGUCUCACAAUAGGGCAUGACAUAGGGGAAUGUAAUGGCCAAACAGAGAUGGAAAAGUACAAAGGACCUGAUGCUAAAGGACAGAUAGGUGGACAUAACAAGAGGGGAAAAAGAGUAACCACAAAAUGGAUUGUGAAGCAAAAGACAACAGAGGAAGCACAGGCUAAAGAGGUUAGAGAAGAGACUAGUAAAGAAGAGCCAAUUGCACCACCAAUUACCAAUACAGAAAUAGAGCAGCAGGACAAUGGCUUUCAGAUAGCAAAGUCAAAAGGAAAACAGGUGCAAAGCCCCAAGGAGAGAAGCUCAAUGAGAAAGGGUAUGACUGAUGAAACUACUAAAGCUAUACUACAGAAAAACAGAUUUAAUGCCCUAAGAAUCCAGGAAAGAGAGGAUGCUAGUUUGGCAUCUAAAGAGGAAACAGUUCCUUUGGCUCACCCCCCAUGA